AUGAUUUCGUGUCCUGGAUCUUGUAAUGCACUAACAUUCGAGACCCCUGCGGCCUGUACAUUUGAUCCUGAUGAUAACCAAUCGUACCUGCCCGGCGGGUCCGUUACUGGAUCACAGGUCAAGCAAUUCCAUGUGUUGGUGGCCAGGCUACAGGGCACUUCGGCAAUACGUCAACGAUUUGGCGACAUGUUUAAGUUUGAAAAGGGAUACUUCAAGUGUACUAGAAAUGUACAUGUACUCAACCUAAUCCAUUUGGCUCUUUAUGACUUAUGGAAACAAGCCACUUCGUCACUACUUUACGAAGAAAAAAAAGAUUCAGAUCACGGGACGAAGGUAAAACACAUAUUUCAAGCUGGCCGAUACUCACUUCGACACCCUAUCUAG